CCCCCCCCCCCCCCCCGCCGCAACUCUUCUCAUAAUGAACGCGUACUCGCAAGAGGGAAGCCAGCCUCAAGAUCAAGCCGGCGCUCUGCCCGCUGCCCCCUCCGCUGUCCCGACACAAGAGCAACCCCAUCGAGACGUGGGUGUGACGGAUGCGCAUCAUGACGAUGCUGCUCAUCACACACAUGGCCAUCAGCAUCAAGAUCACCCACAACAGCAACAACACCCCGCCCAAGGCCACCAAGAGCCCAACCUGACUGCAGGUCAACAGGAUCACCACGCCAUCGAAAUAAGUCAUGGCCCCUCCGGCGCCACCUCAGGCGCACACCUAGCCAAGCGCGAAGAUGGCGGCGCCCACAUCCUCGGCGUCGCCGGCAGCAACAACGUCCCCACCGACGACGAGUUAUACGACGAAGUCGAUUCUCGCCUCCCCGGCGGCGGCAAAUCUUCCUCCGCCCGCGUAACAGCCCGCCGGGCCCAACAAAACCGCGAAGCGCAACGCAGUUUCCGCGAACGCCGCAAAAACUACAUCAAAACCCUCGAAGAGAAAUGCCAGAACAUGGCGCAGAAGGAGGCGCUAUUGGCCAAAACGGACCAGCAGUGUCGUGAGUUUCAGAUGAUUGUUGAUCGGUUGGGCGCUGAGAGGGACGUGUGGGUUAGGGAACGUGAGUUGUGGUGGAGGGAGCGCGAGGAGAUAUAUAGGGCUGUGGAGGCGUUAAGGGUCGAGGUGAGGCAAAGUCAGACGGAGAAUAGGCGGUUGAGGGAGAUGGCGUGGACGCUGUGGAAUGAUGUGGGGAGUCGCACGGGGUUGCGGAAGGCCGGUGAUGACUCUACAAUCAACAAAGAUGGCAAAGCGGGUGCCAAUGACGGGGGUGCAUCUGCAUCAAAGACCCGCGAGGAAACCGCCCUGCCCACCAACCCGCCCCUCCUCCUCACCUCCCAACCCGCGGACACAGAGACAGAGAAAGCACCCUCUCGCCCGCUCUCACCCACCGACAUCGCGCACGACCUACUCGCCCUCUCUCGUGCGGCAUCGCCCAUCCCACGCCCCGACCACUCCGCAACACCGCCUACGGGAGACGGCUCCACUUUGUCCGGAAACACGCUGGAUGACCUGAAGACCCGCAUGUCGUUUUGGGAUGCAGAGAGAGAGAAUCUGUAUCGGGCGGCUAGUGAGCGGGAGAGGGAGAUAAUUUUGUCGACGUUGAUUCCAAACACACAAACACCCGCCCAACCCACCCCACUAAACAGCGCCACCACAAACCUCACAGCUAUCAACGCCGCGCAACUCUUCGCCCGCAUGGCCGCCGGGAUAUUCAACGACCAGCAACAGCAUCAGGCUCAACUCGAACAACAGCAACAGCAACAACAACAACAACAGCAACAGCAGCAGGUUCAGAAUGCCGUGGGUGCGACCGGGGCUGCACACGAACCUGACGCGAUGAGGCAGGAGAAUGUGGGGGAGAAGGAGAGGGUUGAGGCGCCGAUGACGGAGGUGUGAGCGGAGGGAUGUGGUUGGGACAUGUGGGUUUAAUGCGUGCGGAUGUUUGCACGUGGGGUAUUAUUCGCCGUUGUCCUGAUGGGAGACUGCGUGAUAGUUCCCUCGACUGUCGUUUGUGUUGGCAUUUCUCGUCGAGUUUGUAUAGUGGAUCCCUUGAAUACAUGCGUUUUUUUUCCGGCGA